AUGACUGGCUUCCUAUCAGACCUGGUACAGUAUCGGGGGCUCUUUCAAAUGAUCCCUGUCCUGGGGAUCGGUGGAACAUUCCAAAUUGGCUUUCAAGUUUCUACCAUCACCUACACAUCUCAGCAUGUUAAGGCUUUCAUUAAUGAAACCUGGCUGAAGCGAUACGGCUACCCCAUCCAUCAGGAUAACCUCUUGUUCCUAUGGUCUAUCGCUGUGUCCAUCUUUGGUAUAGGAGGUCUCUUGGGUUCUUCAGGAAGUAGAUACCUGACUGUCAAGUACGGCAAAAAGAAAUGUCUCCUGUGCAACAAUCUGCUCAUGAUAGUGGCAGCAUCCAUCAUGGGCUGCAGUAAAAUAGCCCAGUCCUUUGAGAUGAUUCUAAUUGGACGGUUCAUGUGUGGAAUAAGUGCAGGUCUUUGUGUUCCUCUACACUAUCAAUACGUUGGAGAAAUUUCCCCUAGGAAGUUACGUGGAUUUGCAAACUCUACUUCAUCUUUAUUUUGGUCACUGGGAAAAGCCGUAGGGCAAAUUUCAGGACAAAGGGAGCUGCUGGGCAGCCAGUCCCUGUGGCCCAUGCUGAUGGCCUCCUGUGGACUUCCAGCACUGGUCCAGCUGGUCACUCUGCCCUUCUUCCCUGAGUCCCCACCAUAUCUCCUCGUGCAUAAAGGAGACCAGGAAGGCUGCAAAAAAGCCAUAAGGCAGCUUUGGGGUGAAGGCCAUCACCAAGCAGAGAUUGAUGACAUCAUGAAAGAGAAGGCAACAAUGAAAAACACCAAGAUCUUGAGUGUCCUGGAGCUAAUGAAAGAACCAGCUUUCCGUUGGCAGCUGUACAUGAUAGCUAUUCUGAGCGCCACAAUUCAGCUAUGUGGCAUCAAUGCAAUUUAUUUUUAUACUUUUGAAGUCCUCCAGGCAGCUGGCUUUGAUGAAAAAAUGAUCUCCUAUAUGUCCCUCUCUGUUGGACUCUCUGAACUCAUGGCUACUAUAGUCUGUAGCUCCAUCAUUGAGCGACUGGGCAGGAAAGUGCUCCUAAGAGGAGGCUAUUGGAUCAUGGGUUCACUGCUAGCUGGUAUCACUGUGACUAUCUCCCUACAGGACUGGUAUUUCUGGAUGCCAUACUGCAGCCUUUGUCUGAUUAUCUUGUUUGUAGUUGUCUUUGGAGUUGGGCCAGCUGGUGCCACAGUUUCCAUUAGGACUGAAAUUCUUAGGCUCUCAUGCAGACCACCUGCCUUUGUGAUCAGUUCAGUUCUCAACUGGCUGGGCGUCUUUGUGAUUGGAAUAACCUUCCCGUUCAUUGUGGAAAGACUCGAGCACUUCUGCUUCCUCAUCUUUAUGGGGGUACUUUUCACUUCAGGGAUAAUUAUCCACCUGUUCCUUCCAGAAACAAAAGGGAAAUCAAUUGUGGAAAUCACAGAAGAAUUCAAUAAGCUAAACUUUAAAAAGAAGCGUAUUACAACAACUCCAAAUCAUGCCACAGAGGAUUACACCUUCUGCACCAGGCUUUGACUGGCCAUUAGGGAGAGUGAGCCUUUCUUAAAAGGAAGGAAAAAAAACAUAUUUGUAAUUUUCUGACUAGCAAGUCAGUCCAAAUGGACUGUCAGCUUUCAUAUCUGUCACUUACAAGGUUCCCAUUUUGCCAAACCAGCACCUUUCUCAAGCACUCCACUCUGAA